CCCGGCCGUGGGCGGGGCCACUGCGCCCGGCGGGCGGGCACUGCUGGGCGCUGGCCGAGCCGGUCGAUGACAGGCGGCUGCAACGAUCCCCGAAUUGUCGAGAGCGGGAAGGUGGCGGCGCCGCAGGCCCGGGGCUGCCUCCCAGUGUACCUUAACUAACCUCAUUCCUGUGCUGGUACCUGCUGCGUAACGGUAACCUGCGGAGUUUGGGAUGCGCCCGGAUAUUUACCCCUAGAGAGCAUUUGAAGCCUGGUGGAAUAUUGCAAUGGCAGCUCAGAUGACUGAUGGUCAUCGACGAUUCUUGCAGGUCCUGAUGUCUCAUGGGAUAAUGGAAGGAUCAGAGGCUAGGAAAUUACACAGGCAUUGCUGUGAAAUCCAUAAAGUCUACUAUGCACAUGAUAAAUUGGAUGAUUUCAUCAAUACUAUUAAUGUCCAUCUGCAGCCUUUGUUUAUGCAGAUCCGGAAAGGAACGUCUGAAGAUGACGGGAGAGUGCAUUAUGCCCUAGUGAAUCUGGCAGAAACUGAAAUAACUAAAAUGGCAUCUGACUAUACAGAAAAUGAAUUAGAAUUGUUCAGAAAAACAAUGGACCUAAUCAUUUUAUCAGAAAACGGCUUUGCCUCUUCCACAGAGGUUUUAAACUUUGCUGACCAACUGAAGUCAAAGAAAAUGAAGAAAAAGGAAGCAGAACAAGUGCUGAAACUUUUUGUGGAGGAUAAGUGGCUCUCUGAGAGAAAUGGGGAAUAUACGCUGCAUACUCGCUGCAUAAUGGAGAUGGAACAAUACAUUCUCAGCAACUACCAAGGUGUGGCAAGGAAGUGUAACAUCUGUCACAGCCUUGCCAUCCAGAGCCAAGUAUGUGAAACCUGUGGAAUUGGAAUGCAUUUACCUUGUGUUGGAAAGUACUUCAAAGCUCAGACUGAACCACACUGUCCUCACUGUAAUGAUUUCUGGCCUCAUGAGAUACCAGAGGUGAGUCGGACAGAUUCCCAAUUGUCAUCAAAAAGAGGGAGAGGAAAACAGCUUCAUUCUCAGCACUAGCUGGUGUUACGACUUCUCAGUGAAAAUUUUUUUCUGUUCUCUUGCAGAAUAGCCAGACUAUAAUUGUACUCAUUAAUAACAGUGUAAUUUUAAGUGUGUUUAUUUUUUCCAAAGUUUUUAAGAAGCUUGUAAUAAAAUUGUCAUUGACCUUA